AUGAGGUGGAUUAGUGUACUGACGCUCACCGUGCUACAAAUUGCUGGACUGUUAAUAUUCUGUUUGGGUUUCUUCCCUUCAAAAGUUGUUUUAAAGGGAUUUGGUCAAUUUGAUAAUGGUCAAUAUGAUCCUCAAUUCAACAAGAUAGUGGUGAUGGUUGUUGAUGCCCUAAGAAGCGACUUCAUUUUCUCUGAGGACUCACAUAUGUAUUUUGUUCAACAACUACUACAACAAGGAUCCGCAAUUGGCUUCACAGCAUAUUCAAAUCCACCAACAGUUACACUUCCAAGACUCAAAGGUAUAUCAACCGGAUCAACUCCAAACUUUUUGGAUGCUAUCUUGAAUGUUGUCGAGGAAGAUUCUUCCUCAACACUAGCUAAUCAAGAUAGUUGGGUUACACAAUUGAAGAAAGCAGGAAAACGGAUACAUAUGUAUGGUGAUGAUACUUGGAUUAAGUUGUUCCCAUCUGUUUUUGACAAAUUUGAAGGAACCAGCAGUUUUUUCGUGUCUGAUUUCACAGAGGUCGAUAACAAUGUGACACGUCACCUGGACAGUGAGCUCAAAGAGCAAAAUUGGGAUUGUUUGAUUUUGCACUAUCUUGGGCUCGAUCAUAUUGGUCACAAAGGUGGACCAAAAUCGAUAUUCAUGCCCCCAAAGCAACAGGAAAUGGAUUUAAUUGUUAAGAGGAUUUAUAAAAGUUUGCAAGAAGACACAUUGCUUGUUUUAUUAGGGGAUCACGGUAUGAAUGAUUUAGGAAAUCAUGGUGGCUCAUCAGCUGGAGAGACAUCAGCUGGUUUGGUUUUCAUAUCUGAUAAACUAAAAAAAUUAAAAACCAACUCCAAUGUUCCUCCACCAAACAGAGAUGAUUUUACAUUCUUGCAGAGAGUCCAACAGAUUGAUUUAGUCCCGACAAUUUCAGGCUUACUUCAUUUGCCUAUACCCAGAAAUAACUUGGGUAUAAUGAUUAGAGAUUUUCUUCCUUUAUGGAACAAGGAACAACAAUUCAAUUUGAUGAAGGAAAACCUAAAGAAUUUCGAAAGAUUAAGUGAAAAUCCUUUAAUUGCUCAAGACAUAGAUUCUGCAUUUACAGCACUUCAAGAAGCUCAAUCAGAUUUGACAAGGUCUGCAACAAAUUAUGAUACACAGAAAAUCUUUAUUGGGCUAGGUAUUGUUAUUCUAACAUCACUGCUUAUUUUGAUCAAUUUUUGGAAUACUGUUGGCCUCAAGGUUGUCGUUUUUUAUACUCUGAACAUUGUUUAUGGUGCAACAAUGUUUGGAAGUAGUCUUGUUGAAGAAGAAUAUCAAGUUUGGUGGUGGGUUCUGACAUUCAUCCUAACAGUUUUAUGUUUCAAUAAAAACUUCAAUUUUUUCGCCUUGAUUUUCCUUUUAAGGAUCAUAAGAGGGUGGAAUAAUAGCGGGCAAAAGUUUGUUGGUGACACAAUAUUGAAUUUCCUACAAGAGAAUUACAUUAUCAAUUGGAUUCUAGUUUUCUUCACAAUUUCCAUUUACGGGUUUAAUUUAAACUAUGGUGGUAUAUCCUAUUAUCAUCCAGUGAUAUCUUUUGUUAUUUCCUUCCUUCUGUCAAUCACAACUUUCACUUUCAAGUUACUCUUCAGUUUAGCUAAUGGUGAAAAAAUUCCAAAGGAAUUAGUACAACUAGCUGCUUAUUCCAUUGAUAAGCUUGGUGCUUCAAAUCUACAGGAAAGUUUAGUUGAUAUAGCAAGACUUUUCUUCGUGACCGUGCUGUUUGUCUUUGGAUGGAGAUUUUUCCUCAAGUUUAAAAAUCAUGACUAUUGGUACUUCACUGAUUUGCACAACUUGAUAACUUUUGUUUUAAUUUUUCAGUCCUCACUACAAAACAUUCCAUUAUUCCUUGUAUUUUUGGGGGUGAAACAUCAAAUAGGUGUUGUAACUGGUGGUUUAACCAAGACAAACAAACUGUUCAAGGUCGGGCUGGUCUCACUUUCUAUACUCGUUCUUCAGCAAUUCAGUUUUUUUAGUACAGGUCAAACUAAUUCGUUAGCAACUGUUGACUUAUCAAAUGCUUACAAUGGUAUUACUGGAUAUAAUAUAUUUGCUGUUGGUCUACUCACUUUCAUUUCAAAUUUUGCGGGUCCUAUAUAUUGGUCAUUUGCAUCACUUCCUAUUUUGUUUGAAAACAAAGAAAACUUAAAGAUUGUGAAAUAUGAGAUUAUCAAAAUGAGAUGGCUGGUAAAUGCGUCAUUUUAUUCCAUUAGUGGGGUGUUCACAUUACUGGCAUGUUAUAUGUUGAGAUAUCAUCUUUUCAUUUGGACUGUAUUCAGCCCAAAGCUUCUAUAUACUAUAGUAUGGAACAUCUUCAUGAAUGUCUGUAUAGAGCUGGUAUGUCUUGUUUUCACAGUUCUCUUUUAA